AUGCACUUCGUCCUGCCUCUACACUUUGAUUUUUUAGUAGAACGACUGGAUACUCCUAUCGAAAGGAUCGAGAUUCGACUCAUCGACGAGAACUCGACAAACACUGUACUAGAGCAGUCAUCUGGUGCUAACCUUUCACGCGGUGGAGGCUCGGCAACGCAACUAAACGGAGCUGCAACAGAAAACGCAAUUGAUGCGAAUGUCGUCGGAUCAGCUGAUCAGUACGAUGUGAGGUACAAAAAGGUAUAUAAACAGAAAUCUUCGCACGCAGUGACGCUGAACCCUUUUUGCUUCCCUUUGUGCUUGCCGCUCUAG